AUGUCCGACAGCGAACUCGAUCGGACGCUCGUGCACCCGGAACAGACACAAGAUUUCGUCCACUUUGGACUGACGACAGCGAUCGAUUCGUCGGUCACAACGAUCCUGCCGCUCGUCGCCUACCAUCAGCAGCAUCAGCAGCAUCCGCACGAACUACCGGUGGCCAGUGGUGAGCCGGAGUCGCACUAUGUACCGUACUGCGACGUGGUGGCCGGUGGCGCUCACCAGAUGCAACUGCGACACCCAGUUGCAUUCGCGCGACAUAUCCAUUCCCCGAUCAGCCACCAGGACGAUCAGCCGAAGCGCAUCAGCACAUCGCUGCCCCUAUACUACGCGAAGAGUGACCUGUGCACACUUGGUUCGCGACCUGGUAUGGAGUAUGUGCCAUUGAGGACACCAGCUGCCGAGCCGUAUCACUAUCAUCACGUCACCGACCAAACCAAGUCACUACAGGAACUGCAGAAUGAAGUCGGCGCCCUGCUGGAGUUCCGCGAUCUGGUUAUCGAAACCUUUCCCGACCUUAAAACGAAGAUGGCAUCGUCAGCGACGAACAGCACCCUCACCGGCAUACCGUCGUCUUCCUCCUCUCUGGCGACGACCCGACGCGAGUGGGAGCCCGGUAUCCGGAUCCGGCGCAAACUGACGGUGCAAAAGGAACCGUUCGGCGGUGGCGGUGGUGUUACUAAUGCUGCCGCUAGUUGCAGCAUCGGUGGCAGUGUGACGAACACCAGCAGCACCGGCAGCACCACCGGUGAACGGACGGUGGGCAGUGGGCUCACAAGCAUUCCGCCGGCAACCUCGGCCACCAACAUCAGCAGCACCAUCACCGGUGGUACCGGUGCUUCUAGCUCCACGGGCAUCGUCGGUGCCACCCCGCCUACUAUCAUCCACAACAUCUCGUCCUCAUCCACAUCCGAUUUGAACCAUCCGCAUCCACAGCAGCACCAUCCACCUCACCAACAUUCGCAUGGCAGCGGCAGCGGUCAUCAUCAACAGCAGCAGCAGCAACAGCAGCAGCAACCACAACAGCAGCAGCAGCAACAACACUCGUCAUCUUCGCUGAUACGCAGCCGAAGCAACUCCCAUAGCGGUAAAAAGGAACCAAAGAGCGGCGAAGGCAACAAUGGUAGUGUGAUACAGGAUUCGGGCUUUUCGACCGAAACCUCCUCGUCGAAGGAGACGCACAGUGCGGCAUCCUCUACGAGCGGCGCUGUGCAGGGCACCGGCUCAUCGACCGCAACCAACCGACUGGCGGUGGAAACCGAGAACGAACUGUGGAAUCUGCUCGAUGUGAUACAUAGGAAGAGUAGUCGGCUACGGGACGAGCUUGACCUGCUGCCGCACCACGUCCUUACGGAGCGAGCGUCCGAGAAGCUUAGGCCAACCAAUUUACUAACGAGCAACCAGCACCAGCAGCAGCAGCAGCAGCAGCAGUAUGUGGGCGGCGUUGGUGGACCGUCGGCGCCUUCGUCGGCGCCUUCGUCGGCAGCGUCUAGUUCUCAACGUCAUCACCAUCACCUGCACGAUAGUAGCGGCAGCCACAACAUUGUCAUUCACCACUGCAACCCAGCGGAGGUUAGCGCUGGUGGCGGUGGCGGCGGCGGCGGCACCCUUGACGUGAUAUCGUCCGCGGCACCGGUAACGGAUGCCAUUACCACCGGCACCACCCCCACCACCGUGGUUGUAGCGGUGACCGGCGGUGGUGAAGGCGCAGGAAACGGUCCGGCGGACCAUGGUAGACAUCACGAGGACCCCAGUGGUGGUGGUGGUGGGGGUGCGCUCGCGUUGCCGGUGGUGGUCGCGGCCAAGGAUCAUAUUGUACAAAUUUUGCGCAACGAGCGUGACCGGCUGCUGGAGAAGAUGGCCGGGUACGAGGCGGAAACGGUGGCGGGACGGAUACGGACGGCGAAGAUGCAGGACGAGGUCGACACGCUCACGCUCACCGUGCGCAGCCUGCACGAGCAGCUGAAGGCAGCCCACAGCCAGCAGCUGGAGCUCAACUCGAAACUACAUGAUCUCCACCACCAUCACCAGCCGCAACCUGUAAAUAGAAGUGGUACGCCUAGUUCAUCCGAGUCAAUUAAAGCUCUCAUUCCGCAUCAGCAGCAAGGAAGUGUGUCGCCGGGUGAGCCCCCGGCGAAAGCGUCCCGGUUCCACGCGGCGGCCCCGUCGGUGGAGAACAACAGCAGUGGUGGUAGCAGCAGCACAGGCACCACAAUGCCCAAGUCAUCGGCCGCUGUUGCUGCGGCCGGCGGCGCCGGCGGCGCAGUGGUUGUCGACUUGCCGGCCACCGGUGAUUCCGCCAGCGUCGCCGCCGUCAGAGGGCGACCGCUUGAUGUGGGCUCCCUCGGACGACUGGACGCUCUGCUCGGUCCGCCUGGCGGUGGCGGCACUCUCCGGCUGCAGAAGGUGCGGUCACUCGACUCGCAGAAGUUUGCCGCUAUCCUGCUCGAGACGAACAUCGUCGAGCUGCAGCGCCAUCUGCUGACGGUGACCGUUCAGAAUCAGGUUCUUCAGCAGCGCCUGGAGCAGGCAACGCGAUCCAGAAUAUUUCUGAGUGCAAAGUUUGAAAAAUCGAAGGAAGACGUCGAUGACCUCCGGUUUCAGCUCAAGGAGAAAUCGAUCGAACUCGAAGGAACGAAGGCUCAGCUGCGGGUGAUUGAGUCGAAGGCGGCGGCAUCGUCGUCGAGCAAAUCGUCAUCGUCCUCGGCGGCCGGCAGUCCGGAGCAUCAUCACCAGCAGCAGCAGCAGCAGCAGCAUAUCAUCACGGUCGGGGCCCAUGCGAUGUUGCUACCAUCUUCCCUGCACCACCAUCACCACCAUCAGAUGCACCAGCAGCAGCACCAGCAGCAUCGGCAAUCGCCUCUGCUGCACCUUAACCAUCACCAUGCGAGCACGAUGGCGUCCAACAGUCAGCUGGCGAUGCGGCUCCCAUCGUCGCAGGUCUCGACUCCGUCCAUGAAGGCGAUGACGCCAGUCGCGAUGGAUGACAUCGCACAGCAACACAGCAGCAGCACGGAGUCGGCCCAGGAUCAAGCGGAACGGGACAGUAGCACUACCACCACCGGUGGUAGCCGGCAGCAGCACCAACAACAUCAGUACCACAACCAUCUGCAACAGCAGCAACCUCAGUGCCCGGAAACACCUCGUCGGCGCCCGUCCAAGAUACCGUUGCCGGGUAUGAAGGGGUCGUCCGCACCGAAACCACCGAGUGGGCGAAAUUUUAGUGCCGCCGUCGCGGCCGCGGCCGCUGCCACUUCCACCACGCCUACGACACCUACCAUGGCUGGUGCUGCGGGCGGCGGUGUGCGUCCAUUGGCGGCUGCGGCAUCCGGUGGUUCCACCGUGUCGUCCGGUCCACUCUCGAACCGCAGCCUUACCAAAAGCACCGGCAGCCUGUACGUCAAGUCAAGCGAUGCCAGUUACUUCGGCGCCCAGCACCAGCAGCAGCAACCGCCGCCGCCUUCGACGACCCACGGGACACCGUCGGGCCGGGCUCGCGAAAGCAACAGCAGCGGCGGCAGCAGUAGCGGCAGCCUGUACAGGCCCGACUCGGCCCAGAGCUGGCGCACCAGCAGCAAGGACACGCCCUCGCUGGAGAAGUUGCGCUCCUCGUCGAUACCGAUUUCAGCGGCAAAAUCUCCGGCGGCGGCGGCGGCGGUUUCCUCGAAAACAUUCAUGGCGUCGUCUGCAGCCGUGUCACCGUCCAUGAUACCGGCGGGGCCUAGUGGGGCGGGCUACGGGGUUACCGGGGGGUCCACGGUUACGAGCUCGUCUCCACAGCCGCGCACCAAGCGCGAUUCGCUUACAACGAAGGUCAAGAACUGUGAUUCCCUGUCCCGGUGGCAACAGCAGGUGGUGGCGACCAGCAACAGUGGUGGCAGCGGGGUGGUGGGCAAUAAAGGCACGCCUGGAGCCGUCAGCGGUGCCUCGGUGAGCGUCGUCGUCGGCGCCGCCGCCGCCACCGUCUCCGGCGGUAGUCAUCAUCCGCCGCCGCCAGUGCGAGAGCGCAAACAGAGUGGUGGAGGAUCGGUAGCGGUAGGAGGAGGGUUGAUGAUGAGGCACAGUAGUAGUGGCACCACCACGGGCUCCUCGGUCGGUUCCGGGUCGCAGAUCGCAGCGGCCGCGACCGAUGCAUCCAACGGCAACAGCAGCAACAGCAGCAGCAGCGUACAGCAGCCAAACACCAACUCGGUCGUUGCUCCGGCCGCCACCGGUGACACUAUUAAGGCUCGGCGCAGUAACACUUUCCGAGUGCCGAAACCGACGGUGCUGGUACCACUGCUACCGCCUGCUGUUGCUGCUGAACAGGACUGUCGCUAUUUGAUGCCGGAAAUCGGUGCCGAUGCCGCCCGUCCGCUGCGUGGGAUCGUUGGUGGGCCGGAUGGCCCCGAGGCUAGUGGUCUGAUCGGCGAGUAUCUGGCAGCAAAGACGCGCGGUAUUACUGUACACCACCACCACCAGCAGCAGCAGUCGCCGCAAUCACAGGGGCAGGCACUAGUGGCCUCACCGCCGCCCAUUUUCCACGUCACCGGACGUGCGGUGCCCGCCGUCAACGGGGCAGCCCAGCGGCAAAUCCUGGAGUUCGCGUACAAGCACCCGAUCCUGCUGUUGGAUGACGACGGCAACGAUGACCACGGUAAAGCGGAUGACCACGUGCCGGAUGAUGGGACGGUUGAAGAGUCCACCGCCGCAACAGCGCAGGAGUCGCUAAUUAUUCCGCAUCUCACCGGGGGGCCAACGGAAAUGCGAUGGGCCACACCACCACAGCGGCCGCUGCCGGCGGACAGCGGCACGGAAACCGCGAUCGCUGCGACCGGGAGCGGUUUGGUGGGCAAAGUGAACCGCAACAUCCUGAAAACGUGGGAGCAGUUGCGGUGGGCGUGCGGAGGGUUAGCCAGCGAGACGAAACGAGACGACGGGGCUCCGGUAUCGGGCGAGCCGAACACUGCACAGCAGCAGCAGCAGCAGCAGGCUUAUCCUGUGCCCUUCCGUAGCAAUGGCAUCGAUCAGUCGGGUGGCGAUUCGGACGGCGGGGACAGUAGCACCGAGCGCCAGAGCUGCGUACUGUACUGUCCGCAGCAGCACCAGCAUCACCUCCUAAGUGAGGAGCUGAUCGACUUCAAGGUUAACCGGCUGCUGCACUCCCCGGCGUAUGGGGGAAGCACCGACCGGCUGUCAUCAACCGGUUCCUUUUCGAUUAUGGUUGCGGCGUCCACCAACACCACCAGCAUCGCUGCGGUUACGAACGCAACGGCAGGCGGCUCGUCCGGGGUCGUCCGUACCACGGCCGGUAGUUCCUCGGAGGGAGGCGAGUUUUACGACAGCAUUGACGCCGUCGCGGAACUGAAAACGAAGGAUCGGGCGGAUCUGCUCGAAGCGUUCCUGGGAGCGAUGUACGUUGACCGCGGGCUGAAGCACUGCGAAGUAUUCUGUCAGGUGUGUCUGUUCCCGCGGCUGCAGGACUUUAUUAUGAACCAAGACUGGAACGACCCGAAGUCGAAGUUGCAGCAGUGCUGCCUCACGCUGCGCACGAUGGAUGGAGGCGAACCGGACAUACCGGUGUACAAGGUAAUCGAGUGUACCGGACCAACGAACACGCGCGUCUACUCGGUGGCGGUAUACUUUCGCGGCACACGACUGGCCUGCGCGAAUGGUCACAGCAUCCAGCAAGCUGAAAUGAACGCCGCGCAGGAGGCGCUUGAGAAGUCGAAAGAUCUGUUCCCGCAGCUGGACCACCAAAAGCGUGUGAUCGCGCAGAGUCUGAAGCGCCAGAAGGUGCCUCAACCGAACCGAUCGACCGGCGGGGAUCGUGGCUGUUCGACGAGUGGGACGAUGGGAAGCGAGAAGGACGUAGGGACCGGUGGUGUGGAAAGGCAAACGCGAGCUGCAUCGGAUAGCAGUGCCGUAGCCUACGACGAUCCGGCGACAACUGGCAUAGCAACAACGAACCGUGGCAGCGAAAAGUGCAAAAAGGCCAGUGCCAUUUUUGCUCCUCCCGACGCGGGACGUCUACCCAAGCAGUACCAAAUAAAUCGGAGCACCCAGUCCGAUAGCAGCGACAGUAGUUCAGACGAUAGUUCAAGCGGCAUUGGUAGCCCCGUUAAAUGUAACAGCGUGAAACGACGACGAUCCCCCGAUUUGGAUGAUAAGGACACUGAGCGCGACCAGUGCGAGGGGAUACUGGAACCGUUCAGUAUAUCGGAGCCUCAGCAGCUCGUAGCCAAAGACGGAACCAAAGCAACUGUGGAUAUCGACGGUUGCAGCUCUGUUUCGGACGACGAAGAAUUUGGGCUGGAAGGUAUUUCCGACUCGGAAGAGCAGCCCGAUCAGUUAUGUAGCGCUGUGACAGACAGUCCACAUCACUCGCCUCAGCCGUGUUCGAGCCAGCGUUCCGGUCUUCGCAUUUCGGUUACCGAUUUCGCCAUCGAGGGAACAGAUCCUUUGUCCUCGGACACGGAGGUAGACAAUGUCGAUUAG